AAGAAAAAGAAGAUAGAAAAUCGGGAAGAAUGGCUAGAAAAUGAAGGGAAGCAGGGAAAGGUAGUGGAAGUUUCUUAUUCGUGAUUUCAGUAUUGGAAUCAUGAUUUCAAAUUCUUCGUAAAUUACUAAAUUGUAAUAAAAAAUACACCGUUCUUAUGCGUCAACGGGAAAUUAAAGGAAGCGGUGUGUGGGAAUGGCAACGGGAAAAAAAAGUGCAGUGGGGAAGAAUAACGCCCGACUAUUGGUGAAAAGAAAUUUGACUUGUUUUUAAUUACUAAAAUGGGACCGGUAUACCAUGCGCAUGGUAUACCGAUCCCACAAUAUAAUUUGCGAUGGAAAGAAGAACACAUAUGCUUCAUUAAGGGUAAAAUAGUAUUUUAAUGAGUUAUUUCUUUUCUUAUAUAAAUAGAUUGGUACAUCUUGAAAGUUAUACUCCUACUUAACACCAUUUCUCUUAUUUUAACAUCAAUGAUUUUUCUUUUGUCAAAAUAAGUAGUGAAAUAAUCUCCAAAUGUUAAUUUAUAUAGAUGAAUUGGAAAAAUCCCAAAAAAGCAGAGCAUAUAGAUGAAUAAGUUGGAGAGCAGAGCAUACGAGCAGCAUUUAGGGAUAUUUUGUCUCUUCAUUUUAAAAUUAGUCCUACUUAUUAGUUAUUAGUUACUCCGUAUAUAAAAGCAAUUAGUCCUGUUUAAGUUCAUAGGCUAUGUUUUAGUCCGAGUCUUUUUCCCUUCCCACAAUUAAAGCUUCUGGGGAUACGCAACGUUCGAUUCGAACCAUUUCAAUUAAAAUUAGUUGUCUGAUAACGUAUUUCUCCAUAUCGACGCAGACUUUCUACGCUGAGUGACUAUAGGAACGAGUCAAGGACUAAGCAAAAUCCAUUCAAUGGAUUAUCAGAAGUCAAAAUUUACAUGGAGGAUUGAGAACUUCUCUCAAUUGGAUGCUAAAAUGAUUUACUCUAUGACGUUUGUUGUAAAUGAGUACGAAUGGAAGUUAUGUGUUUUUCCAAAAGGAAUCCAAACUGAUCAUUUGUCAAUGUUCCUCGUUUUGGCUAAUCAGGGUAGCUUACCCGACGGGUUGAAUAUAAAAACAGAGUUCAGUCUAGCUCUUAUUAACCAGAAAGACAGCAACCAAACUAUCAAGAAAGAUAAGGUACCUGGUAAAUUCAUAACGCUCAACAAGUUUUAUGAUCAAAGUGAAGGUUACCUGGUUGACGACACAUGCUUGGUUGAAGCUGAACUUUCUAUCCUACCUGAUGCUUCUUCAGAUUCCUACGAUAAUGGUUUAGAUUCUUCUGCUAUUGUCGAUGAUCCUUCUGAAUCUGUGUAUGUCGAGGCCCAAUUGUUUCUUGAGUCCAUACCCAAGAAACCUUGUAACGGCUGUUCCGAAUCUAAAGCCCCAACAUGUGAAAUGGCCUUGCUUGAAGGGCAUACAUCUUCUGUAAUAGAAACACUUGACAUGCUGAUAUCAUACCCUUUUGACGCAUUGGCUAAUCCCAGAUAUGAAACAAAAAUCUUGGAGUCUUUGUCUGCACUAAGUGACCACCUAUAUAUGUUUAGUGAUGCACGGGCCAAAGAAAUUAUGAACUUGAAAACUACUUUUCCUCAGAUAAUAGAGGAAUGGAGAGAUUCUGUACAGGGUCAGGGGAGAAGCAAGCAUCCUUGGUCUUGUUUUGAGAAGACCCUAAAUUUGCUUGAAGACUUGGGGAGAAGGAGGAAUCAAAUAAACGCUAAGCUGCAGGAGUUAAACAUUAAAGAAAUGGAAUUGAAAAAUAAGUUGGAGGUCAUUGAAAGUAGUAUUCAACAACUCAUGGAGGAACGUGAAGAAUUAUCGAAACAGACGAAGGCAGUUUGUUCACUUGCAGAGGAGCAGGUUAGCAACAUUGAAGGAGAAGAGGUGGAGUUGGUUGGCAAUUUGGACUGCAAGUCAAAAUUAAAGUGGAGUGCAACCAGAGUUCUCUUUUGUUGAGAAUUCUGGUCCGGGCUGUGUCUAGUGACAUACAUCUUGUUAGCAAUUUGCUUUUAUGUUGUGUCAAAAGCUCGUUUUGGACAUUCAUUUGGUAACACUCUAUAAAAUGAGUUUAUUAAACGCUCUUAGAAUGGUGUUUUGCCUGUGGCUUUUGAACAUUAACUUCUGAAAAUUGUUUUUAUUUCCAUUUUGUUGAGGCUAGACAAAAAUUCUUUCCUUCACCUGAAAAGUAAAAGGCUGAUUUUACCUAUUUACCCUUGGUUAUCACUUAUCAUCUCAAAUAUUUUCAUCAAUUGUUCUGGUUUUUCUUUUGCUUUUUAUGAAGCAUAUAUCAAACUUAUAUCAAUUCAAAUAAGAUGUAUAUCUGAGUGGAACGACAAAUUAAAUCCACAAAUGUAAAACAUGACCAACUAUUACAUAUAAAGGUGAUCACUUUAACAAGAGCAAUUCGAAUAAUUGAUCAUAAUUAAGAGUUCGAGUUAUCUUUACUAUUAAAACCAUGAUACAACCCACCAAAUAAAACUAACUGAAACUACAUAAAAACUAAGCAAAUAACCUAAUGAAAUAAAAAGUUUAAACAAAUUAAGAAAAAAUAGCUGGUCAUAUUCAUACAACUCAUCUUUGAUAUAACUUGAUCCAACAAACAAGUAGUGAUCAUACUCGACCAAACAUCCAUCACUGGAUCGUUAUCUUUGAUAAAAGAACAAUAAUCAAUCACCCGUUUACAAAGAAUGACAGUGGUUCAAGAAAGAGCUAGGUUGUGACAAAUUUGUCAUGCCCGAUAACGUAUUCAUCAUUUAUGAAUACGUUAUCAAUCAAUUGUCACAAAAUCUGAAGAAAAUCAAGCGUAGUUCAACUAGUAACUUAAAGAGAUAUUACUCAAAAUAGAACUAAAACAGUUUGAAAAUUUCAAAAUAGGACUGUCAAAUUUUUAUUUCCAAAAUAGGACUAAAUACUGCCAUGUUUUGGCAGUACCAGACUUCAAACAUGAUAGUAUUUUCUAAACAUGACAGUAAUUAGUCCUAUUUUGGGAAUAAAAAACAUGACAGCCCUAUUUUGGAAUUUUGAAACUGUUUUAGUCCUAUUUCGAGAACUUUCCCUAACUUAAAUCAAGAAUGGAUAUGGAUAAUCUGUUUGGGCUAAUGGGCUUACCACCAGAAAGGGUGCCUAACGGAUUUGUUUUUGUGCUCGUCCCAAAGGUCUGCUCUUACCCUUCCUACUGUUGGAUUUGCGCAAGGCACUCUAUCGUGUGGCCGAGGAUCCAUUUCCAUCAUGAACUCUCGUUGGAGUGAACAAAUUUGACUCCAAAAGUAACAAAUGUUGACUCAUGAUGGAAGGAGUAUUAUAUUGAAGAUUUUGGACUUGAAUAUAAGAAUAUGGAGUAAUUUUUUUGGAUAUACUUCCUGUUUUCUCAUAAUAAUAUCUGGAGUAAUUAAUUGAUAACACUAAGCAAUCUAAACUUGGUCAAGUUCAAAAUUUCGAUAUACCUCAAAACUAAAACGUCUGUUCAAUAGAGCCAAGUCAUCCAACGACGGAACAAAGUCAAGACUCUGUUCGCAAAGCUUCUUGGAUUCUACAAUGGUUCAAACCUUCAAUUCAGACCUUGCUCAAAUAAAUCACUUGCAUUAUGAGAACUUCUUCACCUCUGCCCCGACUUUCUUCCCUGCUAUUCGACUGCAAACUAGGGCGUUUGCCCGCUUUUUCUGCGAUCUCUCUGGGUUCUUCAGCACUACACUUUUCCUUCCUCCUCAAGAUAAUGUUUGCUAAUCUUCACCAAUUCCAUAUUUGCAGCAGUAAGUCAAUGUCAUUUCAUUCCUGAAUCAUCCCCAAUUCACCAUUGAGACCUCCAGUAAAAAGUGGUAAAUUUAUUUGAAUCGAGCCGUCUUGGAUUAAUAAAAGUAGUAAAU